AUGUCGAUUACCUGGAAUACACCGCUGGUAGCCUCGACUGUUGGUGCCGUCGUCGUCGGUCUUGUCGUCAACCAUUGGCUUCGACGUGACAACCUACGCCCAAAUGAACCAGUGUUGCUUCCAGGAAGUUUACCCAUAUUCGGCCACGCGAUCGAGUUCGGAAAAGAUGCGAAUAAACUAUAUCUACGCGUCAGGGACUUUGCAGACGACCUGCAACCAGUCUCCGUGUCUCUAAUGGGUCAAAGAGUCUACAUAAUUCUAAAACCACAAGAUGUUGCUGCCAUCUGGAAAGCCAAAGCUGUCAACUUUGAUCCCAUCGUAGAAUGGGGCAUGCACACCAUUUUCGGCAUGAGUUCCGACGGCAUCGAACGUUCGCAUCUUGACGAUGCACAAGGUACUGGAGACAUGUUCGAGCAAGCGCACGGAUUUAUGCGCGACGCACUCGCUCCAGGCGAGCCUCUCGAUCUUAUCACGAACAAAUUCAUCAGAUACCGCCCCGGUGGUCGUGUACACGUCAGUCUCCUAAGCUGGCUACGCGACCGCAUCGGUAUCCCCUCGACCAACGCCGUGGUUGGCGAAAAUGUGCUACGGGCGGACCCAGGCAUCUUGGAAGCGUUGAUGAGGAUGGAUUCAGAUAUGCCUCGUCUUUCCAGUGGCCUCCCACACUGGCUCGUCAAAGACGCAGUGGACAACGUAAAGCGAUUGAAUGACACAUUCGAGCGCGAAUUGGACAAGGAAAACGUUCUAUACUGGAUGAAGCAGCGGAUGGAUUUGAUGGCUGCGCGAGGUAUCUCCCAUAGAGACCAAACCACGGCUUCGAUGGCUAUUUGGCAGGCUUUACAGACAAACUCGGUACCAACAGUGUGCUGGAUCAUUUACCAACUACUCCUUCACCCCCAAAUCACCGCCGACAUUCUCGAAGAGGUCAAGCCUGCCUUUAAUAGCCACGGCAAUCUCAUCGACUUGGAGUAUCUCACCACCAAGACACCUAAACUCGCCGCAUUCUACUGGGAAACCCUACGCUACGUCUCCGGCGUGGUCUCUGUGCGUAAAGUGAUGGAAACAUUCGAGCUAGGCGGGCGAGUAUUGUACAAAGACGCGUUGAUCAUGAUACCCACACGUCCGUAUCACAUGACACGCGAAAUCUUUGGCGACGAUUGCGAGCAAUUCGUUCCAGACCGCUUCCUCCGAGACGGGACGCACCAACCCGGCAAAUUGAACCCAGGUAUUCGUGCCGUUCGUCCAUUUGGCGGUGGGAGCACGCUCUGUCCUGGACGCCAUUUCGCGACAAACGAAAUCUUCUUUACCGUCGCCACGAUCCUCCGCACGUUUGACAUUGCCCUUGUGGACCCCUCUCAAACGGAUUUGUUCCCUCAAUCCGCAAGGGCGUCUGUCGCGACGUUGCCGCCAAACAAGGACGUUCAAGUGUACAUCAAGCUUAAGGAGGGUGCAUAG